GCUAUUUCUAUCAUGCAUGGGAACUGUGUUAGUCGAAAUUCGAGAUGGUUUGCAAUAACAUAAAAUCCUCACCGUACAAAGCUUCUUGAAAAUGAAAGUUUGCUUAUUUGUUCUGAUUAUUUGCAUAACAUUCCUGUCAUCAAAAGCUGAAGAUGCAAAUCCAGGUAGUGACAUGCACAUCCAUCCACUUGUUGUAAACGGUAACGAUGCCGAUCAACACGAAUGGCCUUGGCAAGUAAGGCUUAAACGCUCAGGGACAUUUAUCUGUGGUGGCUCGCUUAUCAGUGAUAAUUGGGUGCUCACGGCUGCACAUUGUGUUGACACCAACYCAAACCCAGCUUAUUAUACAGUUGAAGUUGGAGCGCACUGGAUGUCGAGAAGCACUGCCGUUCAAAAAAGUCUUGCUGUCACAUACCUGUGGUAUCAUAAAGCCUUCAGCAGGUCUCAUCUGCGAAACGAUAUAGCACUUUUAUUACUUAACGAAACAGUAAACAUCACAAGCAAAAUCAGGCCUAUCAAACUUCCUCGUCAGGGAAACAGAAUCAACGCAGGAAGAACUUGUUACAUUACAGGUUGGGGGCGUUUGCGUGGUUACGGAAGUCUUCCAACAGUUCUUCAAGAAGCUCCUCUCAAGAUUGGUAGUGACAGUGAUUGUGCACAGAAAAAUGGCAACACUUUUCAAGCUAGUAGUAUGAUUUGCGCUGGCUCWGAAGGAAAGGGAGGUUGUAAUGGUGACAGCGGUGGUCCUUUGUCAUGUUAUGAAGGGGGGCAGUGGAUCCUUCGAGGUGUGGUGAGCUGGGGAAAGGUUGGRUGUCCCACUUCAUACUACACCGUAUUUGCACGUGUGAGCAGCUUCGUAUCGUGGAUUUCUCGCGUAAAAGGCCAAGAAGGAAAURUCAACUGCAACUUUGACGAUAGUAGCUCUCUUUGUCAAUUUUCAUGGAAACAAGAUAGGUUCGAUGAUUUUGAUUGGACUCGAAAUCGAGGUUCAACAAAUUAUCAUGGUACAGGCCCUUCAGCGGACCAUACCAAGGGCACAUAUUAUGGAUAUUACAUGUACACCUAUACAACGUACAGGAAGAGUGGUGAUAAAGCCCGAUUGUACAGCAGUCCUGUAAAUGCUACCAAUAAAUGUUUCUCAUUCUGGUAUCACAUGCAUGGAAGAGAUAUCGGUGCUCUAAACGUUCUUGUUAAGGCAGGACAACAAAACGAAACGCUUUGGUCUAAAAAAGGACCCAGCGGCAAUAGAUGGCUGCAAGGAAAAAUCAAUCUGAGAAAUCAGGGAAAAAUUUCGAUCAUAUUUGAGGCCAUUUCUGGAAGUGGAAAAGAAGGUCAUAUCGCAAUUGACGAUGUUGCUCUAACCAAUGGAUCUUGUUCAAUUUCACAAUCCUGUCGUGAUCAGACGUGUUACAACAAAGGAAACGCAUACUGUUUGAAUAACACAGGAUACUGUUACUGCCAGAGUGGUUCCUAUGGACAACAGUGUGAAUUCUUAUCAUACAAUUGUAGCUUUGAUGGAGGACUAUGUUCAUUGUGGGAUCAAGACACUACAGAUGUGACCGACUGGACUCGUUACCAAGGUUUUACACCGGAUUUUGGAACUGGUCCUUCAAGAGAUCAUACUACAGGAUCAGGCUCGUUCUUCUACCUCGAGACUUCCAACAAGCGAUUUGGUGAUASAGCUCGCUUAAUAAGCAAGGUCCUCCCUGCCACAAACARCACUUGCUUUACCUUUUGGUAUCAUAUGUAUGGAAAAGAUAUCAACACCUUGAGAAUCCUACUGAAAAAAGCUGGUCAACAGACUGUUGUUUGGUCCAGAAAAAUUCAGACAGGACGAAAUCAAUGGUUUGAAGGAAAAGCCACCCUUAAUAGUGACGAACCGUUUCAGGUGGUAAUCGAGGGUGUUGUUGGGAACGGUUACCUUGGAGAUAUUGGUAUCGAUGACGUCUCUAUUGUUAACGAGACGUGCAGUAUUUCAAAAUCAUGUCGCGACCAGACCUGUUACAACGAUGGUCAUGCUUACUGCUUGAACAACACGGGACAUUGCUACUGCCCUGAUGAUUCUAUUGGUCAGCAAUGUGAAAGGUACAGAUGUGAUUUUAAUAAAGACUUGUGUGACGAUUUAUGGCACCAAGAAAGAACGACAGAUAGAUUUGACUGGACGAGAAAUCAGGGUCCAACAAAUGUUGCAAAUACUGGUCCAUCGGCAGAUCACAUUAACAAAGUUGAUCAUGUUUCUCAUCAAACAUACAUAACCGUCAAAACCAGCUGUACCUAUACCACCAUCAAUAAGUACAAUGGCCGGUUUACGUCACCUAACUACCCUUCAUACUACAAAAACCGAGAAAGCUGCUACUGGUUACUGACCUCCAAUGGAAGAAUUUCUAUAUCAUUCGAAAGUUUUUACACUGAGAGUUGCUGUGAUAAGGUUUAUGUUUACGAUGGUGGUUCGAGCUCGUCCAGAUUACUUGGUCAAUACAGUGGUACCAAAAUUCCUCCAAAACUGACCAGCUCAUUCAAGCAGUUGUACGUAAGAUUUACCUCUGAUGGUUCGGUAACGUAUCGUGGGUUUUCGGUUAGGUAUGGACCACCUGGAUACUUACAGGCAUCGGGCUAUUACAUUUAUAUUAACACGGAUUCCAACAGAAGGUUUGGCGACACAGCCAGAUUUGCCAGCAAGUUUCUUCCUGCUACAAGCGGUACCUGCCUUUCAUUUUGGUACCACAUGUAUGGUAGUGACAUCAAUGCCUUGAAUGUGAUUUUGAAAUCAAAUCAAAGAAAUACCACCGUCUGGUCCAGGAAGGGCGAGAGUGGCAAUAGAUGGUUAGAAGGAAAAGUCACUAUUAGUACCAAUGACACUUAUAAGAUCGCAUUUGAAGGAGUCGCUGGUAGUGGAAUUGAAGGCCACAUCGCACUUGACGAUAUAUCAUUGAGCAAAGGAGCUUGCAAUAUUUCGAGGUCCUGUCAAGAUCAGAUCUGCUACAACGACGGGAAUCCAUACUGUUUGAACAACACGGGCUACUGUUACUGCUCAAGUGAUACAUACGGAGACAAGUGUCAAUUUGUAAAUUACAACUGUAGCUUUGAUAAGGGAAUCUGUCGUCAUCUUUGGACUCAAGAUUCCAAAAACGAUCAAUUGGACUGGAAUCGACAACGUGGGCCAUCAUGGCCGUACACAACUGGUCCAUCACGAGAUCACACAAGUGGUAAUGGUUAUUACAUGACCAUUCGCUCUCGUUAUCAACGUAAAGGCAAUGCAGCUCAUUUAAUCAGCAGACAACUACCUUCUACAAAUCAAUCCUGCCUGGCAUUUUGGUACCACAUGUAUGGUACUAAUAUCGGCACAUUGAGAAUCGUGAGGAAAWAUGGUAAUGAAAACGUAACAAUUUGGUCGAGAAAUGGUCAAAGUGGAAACAGGUGGCUUCAAGGAAAAGUGGAUCUUGAAAGUCAUCAUGAAUUCCAGUUGAUCUUCGAGGGUGUUGUCGGUGGUUACUAUGGAGAUAUUGCUCUGGAUGACGUAUCGUUAAUAAAUGAGACCUGUUCUAUUCCAGGUAUGAUUUUAAARUAUUUAGCUCAACUUACAUAUGAGCGCUCUAAUUAUAAGAGGAACCUAAUCCAUUCAACAGAUUCAUGYAGGRACCACUUUUGUCACAAUGAUGGUCAUGCGUAYUGUAUGAACAACACUGGCUACUGCUACUGUUCUCAUGAAAAUAUAGGAAAAUAUUGUGAAAAAUAUAGAUGCACUUUUGAUCAAGACUACUGCCAGAAUAGGUGGUAUCAAGAUAGAAAUGAUAACUUUGACUGGUAUAGAAGAAGUUAUUCUGCUGGAGUAUCCAACACAGGCCCAUCGUCUGAUCAUACAACAGGAAGAGGCUACUACCUAUACAUUUACACUUAUUACAGAAGACUUGGCGAUACAGCYCGCUUUGUCAGCAAGACUCUUCCUGCUACGAACAGUACAUGUCUUUCAUUUUGGUACCACAUGUAUGGCCGUGACAUCAACACCCUGAGAAUCAUUCUGAAMACGKCAAGUAAUGGAAAUUCAACUAUUUGGUCCAGRACUGGUGAGAGUGGUAACAGAUGGCUAGAAGGGAAAGUGACGAUCAUCAGCAAUGAACCUUAUCAGAUCAUAUUUGAAAGCGUUGCUGGAGGUGGUGCAUAUGGAGAAAUUGCUAUUGACGAUAUAUCCAUGACCAACGGGACUUGCAAUAUCUCAGAAUCUUGUCGGAAUCAAAGAUGUCCCAAAGGCAGCAAUCCAUACUGUCUCAACAACACCGGUUAUUGCUACUGUCCACCCGGGACCAGUGGAGAUUCCUGUCAAUACAUAUCUUCCAAAUGCAACUUUGAUAAAGACGUCUGUGAUAUGUGGUAUCAAGGAAAAUCGGAUAAAUUCGAUUGGACUCGAUAUCGUGGCUAUUAUUGGCCAUCAACAACUGGUCCAUCUGCAGAUCACACAUCAGGUUAUGGAUACUACAUGUUCAYUGACUCUCGAUACAAAGGAAUAGGCGAUACUGCUCGUUUAAUCAGUAGMMAUCUUCCUGCUACUAACCAAGCCUGCCUGGUCUUUUGGUACCACAUGUAUGGUAUUAAUAUCGGCACAUUGAGAAUCKUGAAGAAAAAUGGUACUSAAAACGUCACARUCUGGUCGAGAAAUGGUCAAAGUGGAAACAGAUGGCUUCAAGGAAAUGUAGAUCUAGAAAGUGCCAAUAAAUUCCAGCUUAUCAUUGAGGGAGAUUCUGGUGGUUACUAUGGAUAUAUUGCUAUCGAUGACGUAUCGAUCACGGAGGGGAACUGCAAUAUUUCACAAUCAUGUCGCGACCAGGUCUGUUACAACGGUGGUAACGCAUACUGCUUGAACAACACRGGACAUUGCUACUGYCCUGAUGAUKCUAUUGGUCAGCAAUGUGAAAGGUACAGAUGUGAYUUUAAUAAAGACUGGUGUCAGUCAUUUUGGCRCCAAGAAAGAACGACRGAUAGAUUUGACUGGACAAGAWAUCAGGGUYCAACACCUGUAGCAAAUACUGGUCCUUCAGSAGAUCACAAUAGUGAAGGUAYAGGUAUACAGUCAAUUGAAAAAAGGUUGUUGGAUUGAGACAUGCACUUAUACACUUAUAUAAUGAGAUUCAUAAAAUAUCUAAUUAGAUGCAGAGCUGAGAAGUAUUUUCAAGAU